GUCUGGUUGUUUACUUUGCUCCUGAGCCAUUCAGUGUUCUUUGUUUGUGCUUUCGUAUUGAAUCCGGGUCAGUUCUCUUUUGUUUUUCCCUCUCCACAUGGUUCCCAUUCACCUGCCAGUCGGCAUGAGAAUGACUGCGCUUUUUCUGCUGCUGGUCGCUGCAAUGAUCUGCGCUGCGGACUCUGCAUCGACUGGGAACAAGCGUCGUCUCUCGCACGAUGUCCUCCACUAUGAACCGCUUUCGCUCGGCAACGCCGUUAUGGCAAGUCACCAGAGCCGCUCGCGUCGAUCUGCCGCAGACUCGCCCGAUGCCGUGAUUCCGCUCGAAUUUGAAGCUUAUGGGCGCGCCUUCCGUGUCAAGCUGCAACCCAACACGGAACUCGUCCGCCCCACGGCUCGAGUCACUGUGCACUCUGAAGAUGGCACGCAGGAGAUGCCGAUUGACUUGUCGAUUGUGUUCAAGGGUUCUAUUGAAGGCCAAACCAACUCUGCGGUAUACGCCACAGUUGUCGAGUCGGGCGACGUUGUUGCAACUCUGCGUGAUACGGAGGGCGAAAUGUACUACAUCGAGCCCAGCCAUCGCUACUUGCGUGAAGAAGCCCACGACUUUGACCAUGUCAUCUACCGUCUCUCAGAUGCCGAUUUGUCCGCCUUCGACCUUGCGUCCGAGGCAAAAGCAAUGCGCAAACUCGAAGAGCGCAUGAUGAGCACUGGGCAGCCAGCUCGUGAACAGCGCGAUCAGGCCACAACGUCGAAGCCGCGCUCCUUCCACGAAGCAGCAGGCCUCCGUCCCGCAAAGAUGCGACGCACUGUUGGUCCAGCAAUGUACUGCGGGCUGCAUGUCGUUGCCGACGUCGACUUUUACAACGAGUACAAGGGCAGCCCGGCGUCCAUCGCUCGUGUCACGACCAAAAUCCUGAACUUGUUCAACGCUGAGCAGGCAAUCUACAACAACCCACAGAAUCAACUGAUCGAUCCCAACAUCGUCAACUUUGGGGGCUUCCAGAUCGAGCAGUUUACAGUGUACAAGGCUGCUACAGGCGUAUUUGCAAACACACCCGCAGACGAAUCAGAUGAAGAUUACCUGGCUCGCUUUAGCAAGAUCGAUUUGAGCAAUCAUUGUUUGGGAACACUGUUCACACAUCGCGACUUUUCCGGGACGAUUGGACUUGCGUACAUGGCGGACCCGAAGGCAGCCGGCGGUAUGGGCUGGCCACGUACAGAAGAAGGUUUGAGUCAGAACUCUGCAUGGGUUACCACUGUGAGUUAUGGAAAUGCUAUGAGUGCUGCAGUUUCGCAGAUAACUCUUGCACACGAGCACGCACACAACCUCGGCUCGGAUCAUGAUGAGUCCGCUGAUUGCAUUCCAGGCAAUCUCGACGACAACUAUAUCAUGUACCCGGUAGCAUCGGCCGGUGACAAGGCGAACAACUGGUUAUUCUCCUCAUGCUCCAAAAAAUCAAUCAGUAUCGUAUUGGCUGAACGCUCUUCUGUCUUGAAGGUCAAGUCGCCAACAUGCGGAAAUCGUAUCGUUGAAGCAGGCGAGCAGUGCGACUGUGGCUCCCUCAGUGUUUCCGAGUGUCAGGCUUACGAUCCGUGCUGCAACCCUGGUUGCACACUGAAGAGCGGCGCGAUGUGCUCAACCUUUGCGACACCAUGCUGCACCGCGAGCUGCGUCAACCCUGGACGUUCUGACAUCGUCUGCAGUGUCUCGGUCGAUGGCUGCAAGACGGACGGAGUUUGUGACAUCAACGUCCCCAACGGCUGUGGUGUGCAAUACAAUCGUGCUGCAGGCACCCAAUGUGACUGCAAGGAGGAUGGCACCAAUUGCAACGGCCUGUGCUCUUCGUCAGGCGUAUGCUCCCGGUCGCGCUGCGAACCACGCUUAGGAUACAAUGGUGAAGAGUGUAUCAGUUCCGACCCAAAGGACUCGUGCACGCUUUACUGCUUGAACGCGGCUGGUACCGAAUGCGUCAAGUUCACCGAUGGUACCACGGCUACUCCGGUCUAUCGGUCCCCGAACGAUGUGUGCUACCUUCCCCAGGAGGUGCUUGGUUACUGCGACGGCUCCGGACACUGCCGCAAGGCAAACACGGACGAUACGCCAGACCCCGAGAGCAACAGUGGCCCCAAUGUUGGGGCUAUCGUCGGUGGUGUCUUGGGCGGCCUUGCCUCGGUGGUCACCGUCAUUGUUGCGAUUGUGGUCUGCCGUCGCAAGAAGGCGUCGAGGGCGUCUUCCAGGAGCGAGGACGAAUAUGAGAUGUUUGAGUAGAAGUAGCGUAUGUCUCUGUGUGCGAAACGUGUGUGCUUGCUCUGGUCUGGAACAGCUUGUUGUGACUGCUUUGUUGGUCGAGACGUUUGAACAAAAUAGCAACCAGAUCAAAAAAAAG